ACACCAGCAAUUAAGCCAAAACAAAAUAGGAAGCAAAAUACGGUCUCCUUCUAGGGUUUUAUCGGGGUACAGAGACAACUGCAAGUUUGCAAAAUGUCUACUUCCUGUUAAUUGAAAUGGAGUGUCCUCCACCAACGUUAACAAGCCCCACUCACAUCACUGACAAUCCAGAUACGAAACCCACUAGGUCACCGCCGUCGCCGCAGCCACAAGAGCCAGACCCCAAGAAGCUCAAAAUGUCCACCACCACCACCAGCGACGACGAAGAAGCUACCGCCGCCACCACCAACGCCGCUAAAACGCCACGGUACAAGCGCCGAAAGGUUUCAAUUUUCUUCGCUUAUUUAGGCGUCGGAUACCAAGGAAUGCAAAAGAAUCCAGGCGCCAAAACCAUCGAGGGGGACCUCGAAGAAGCUCUCUACCUUUCCAAAUCCGUCCCCGAGCAGGACCGCAACAGCCCUAAGCGCUACGAUUGGGCCCGCUCCGCCCGCACCGAUAAGGGGGUCAGCGCCGUCGGCCAGGUUGUCUCGGGCCGCUUCUAUGUCGAUCCGCCGGGAUUCAUCGACCGCCUAAAUUCGAACCUUUCUCCUCAGAUUCGGAUUUUCGGCUACAAACGCGUCACGGCGUCGUUUAACGCGAAGAAGUUCUGUGAUCGGAGAAGGUAUGUGUAUCUGAUUCCCGUAUUUGCCCUUGAUCCUUCUGCUCAUCGCGAUAGAGGGAGCGUGUUGGCUAGUCUUGGGUCUGAUCAGGAGUUUGUUAAGUGCUUGGAGUGCUCCGAGAGAGGGCGUAAAGUCGGGGGCUUGAUGGGUAAGCGCACGUAUGAAUUGAGAGGUACGAAUUUUGAGGUAAGCAUUUUGUCGAACACCAAUGAGUCUAUGGUUGAAUCUGAAAUUGGUGAAAAAUUUAGGGUUCUUCCCGGAAAUGCUGGCGGUGAUAAUUUGAUUUCUCAGCCUAGAAAUGAAGUUAGCCUUAGUGUUCUUACGCAGAAUGCUGGGGUUGAUAAUUCGAAUUCUGAACUCAAAGCUGAAAUUAGCAUUAGUAUUAAUAAGAAUGAGGUUUCUGAAAUUGAGGUUGAGAAUAAUCGAGUGGUCCCCAAUGAGGCAGAGACUGCUGAUUUGAAUUCCGAGUCACUGAAUGAUACGAAUUUUAGUUUUGGUGAAGAGAAGGCUAAUGAAGAAGAGAAGACAGAGGAAGGAAGUGGAAAAGGAAAUGGGUUUUGUUAUGGUGAGAAGGAGAGGGAAAGGUUCAACAAAAUUUUGAAUAGUUAUGAGGGGACUCAUAACUUCCACAACUUCACCACCAGAACUAAAGCUGUAGACCCCGCUGCUCAGCGCUACAUCAUUUCGUUCAAUGCAAACGCCACGGUUACAGUUGAGGCUAUGGAAUUCAUUAAGUGUGAAGUUGUAGGGCAGAGCUUCAUGCUUCAUCAGAUUAGGAAGAUGAUCGGGCUUGCGGUGGCAAUCUUCAGGGGAUGUGCUCCAGAGUCAUUGCUCGAAAGAGCAUUGCAAAAGGAUGUUAACAUCAAUGUGCCGACAGCUCCUGAGGUGGGAUUGUACUUGGAUGAGUGCUUCUUUUCGUCAUAUAACCAGAAAUGGGGAGACAGUCAUGAAGAGCUGUCAAUGAAAGGCUAUGAACAAGAGGCAGAAGACUUCAAGAUGAAGCAUAUAUACACUCACAUAGCAUCCACUGAGCAUAAAGAAGGUGUUGUGGGUCUCUGGUUGCACUCCCUCAACCACCGUAACUAUCCGGAUUUAGGUCCUUCUGAGAACAAUGGAAAUACCAGCAGCGGAAUAAGUGCUGAUACGGGUAAUGUCGUUGCCGAGUAAGUUUUUUUUCCACAGGGAAUCCGAUUUCUGCAAUGUAUGCCUUUUAUUUCUUCAAUGAAUACAGCAUCUAGCUCUUAUGUCUUUUAGGGAAAACAAAAGAUGUGGGCCAGUUUCAUUCAUGAUUUAGGUUACUUGCUGUGCAAUUCUUCUUAGAGAGAAAUUUAUGAUUACAGAAGGGUUUUAUGAAAGUUGAUUUGUCUCGCA